UUUAUGGUUAUCCGUCAAAUAUUCUGUCAGUGAAAGUGGCUGUUGUAAAAAUGUUUAUUAUAGUUUUUUAAUCCGAGAAACACGAUGGACAUUCUACAUUGAGAUAUAUCAUUAUAAAUAAGUCAAAAUGAGUGUGUUUUGUGAUUUCCAACAAGUGUGGCUACAACGGUUUCCGGAAAGUCCUCUUCCAGGAGCAUGGGAGGAAGAUGUCAGGGCGAACCUGGCGAAACAUAAACAAAAAGUUAACUUAUUGCGUGAGGAGCUUGAAAAAGAGGAAUUUUACGUUGAAUAUUUGGAAAGAUUGUUGAAUGAUGUUGAGCUGCAUAAGAAAAAAGUUGCAAAGGAAGUGAUAGAUGACUCCACUGAUGUCACCUCUGAUAACUUAUCUAAGACCGAAGUGACAGCAACGCCUCCAACCACUCCGGCAAACAAGGAGGACACCGAGGUGUUCUCCGCAAACAUGUGCGUGAACGAGAUUUCCAGUCAGCUCAAUUCGUCGUAUGUCGAAAAGGCAGAUGCAGCUGCACCGGAACCCGACCCCGAACCAUUCGUGACCGUCAUAGAGGUCAACGACGUAAAGCAACCGGCAGCUUCACCUGCCAAGCUACCACCCAAGUUACCAGCCAGACCUGAAUCAUUAAAAAAUCUGACUAAAGAAAAGACAAGAUCCAGUAACAGCGACUCGAUCUCAUCAUCUUCAGAGCUAUUGAACAUUGACGAACCGUAUUACGAUAUGGUUGCUCCGGAAGAUGAAGAAACUGUUAUUAGGAGUAAUCAUUCCAGCAUCGAAAACGUGUUCAGUACCUCCAGUACUCUGCCCUUGGGUUCCAAACGAGAAUCGACUCAAACAUUGCAGGAGCCUCAAUCGCCUGGAACUUCAAAUUAUGUUAAUAUCGAAUAUUUUAUACAGUCUACAAAGAAAAAUGGCAACAGUCACAGUAGCAGUGAGGAUGAGCAUGAUGAGCCAACUGAAUUUAGACAUAAUAAUGCUGACAACAUAUCUUAUGCAAGUUCUGGAUCAUUGGAGUCCAUGACUCCAUCAACCAAGAGGAAGUUUAGUACUGAAUUAGAUAUCAAAGAGGCUGAAAAAUUAUCAAUGUACAAGUCCAUUAUUCAUAACAUUAUCGACAGUGAAACCAACUACGUCGAAUGGUUGAAUGUUUUAUUAACAUACAUGAAAGCAAUAAAGGCAACUCUUACCACAUCCCAACCUAUUGCAACUCAAAAGGAGCUGGAAACGAUUUUUUAUAAGAUUCCAGAACUGUAUGAGUUGCAUAAAAAUUUCUUAGACGCUCUUGUUAAACACAGUAAGAAGUGGGACACCCGCAUUGGCGUCGUGUUCAAAAAUAUGGCUGCGCACUUAGAUUUGUACGGAGCUUUUCUUAGCAACUACGGCCAAGCAUUGGACACUGUUACCAAAUGUAGUGAAGCAAACAGUCAGUUUUCCGGAAUAAGCAAAAAUAUCACAUGCAAACAAUUAUCUGAACAACCUAUUACACUUGAAAAUCUUUUACACAGGCCAGUGGCCAGAAUGCAAACGAACGGUUUGGUUUUACAUGAUCUAAUUAAAUGCAUUCCUAAAACACAUCCUGAUUACAACAGCCUCAAUGAGGCGUUGGUGAAUACCCAAGCAUUUCUGGAUCAAUUUAAUAUGAUUCAAACGAAAAUGAUGUUUAAGACAAGCGACAGAGCACAAAGAAGAUUGGUAAAAAAUUCAUUUAUAGUCGAGUUCGCUGAUAACUCAAGGAAAUUGAGACAUUUGUUUUUAUUUAAUGACGUAAUUGCUUGUGCAAAAUAUAAGUCUGCAUCCGGCCAAAAAUAUACUUUUGAAUUAAAAUGGUUUAUUCCCGUAGAGGACAUAAUGAUUUUAGAUGAGACGACUGCCAAUUCAUAUGAAACUGCCGCAUCUCAAAUAGUUACUUUAAAGUCUCAGGCAUCAAAUGUUAGAGAUCAGUUACGGAACGAGGAGAAACAGGCAGAAGAAAAGAAAUCGAGAAUAUCUCGUGGACACGACAAGUACCGCAAAAGACUGCUUGAAUUAGAAAGCCAGUUGGUGUUGGUGUCGCCCAAUCUGGUGUUCCGCAUCAGAAACAAACAGAAUAAUAAACCGUACAUGUUCUUCCUGUCUUCGGAUUUCGAAAGGACGCAGUGGAUCGAAGCAAUACAAACACUGCAACGUACUGGGCAACCACCCACACACGAUAAGCAUUUCACCAUGUUCGAAUUGCAGACGUGGAUCACCGCAUGCCGGACGUAUCUGAAGACAAACAUGGGCUCAUACCUGCUGCGGAAUGCGCAGGACGAAAGUCUUUUGGUUGGCGAUUUAAAUCUUCACAUCUAUGAUCUGAGAGGAGUCGAAUUCCCUUCCGAUUUGUAUGUGUGUGCUGAAGUCGAUUUUUAUGGACACUUCUUCCAAAAGGCCCGCACUAAAACCGUGUUCAAAUCGACAUCACCAAUCUGGAACGAAAACUUCAUCAUUGACCUGGAAGGCUGCGAAAAUUUACGGAUAUUAAUUUACAGAGACGGCGAAAAUGCGACUCUGUUUGGUAAACACACGCAAAAGUUAAGCAGGAGCUGGUUAAGCGAGAAGGAACUCAAAGACAAAUCGCUGUUUAUAAACGGAUGUUAUUUGAGAAUUGGUUUGAAAUUUAGUCCGUGCGAAGUCAGUCUCCGGAGAGUACCGGCUGGUAAAGUUGGUUCUUUGUUUGGUGAGAAGAUUCAAGUGGUUUGCAGGAGACAGAAACGAGAUAUUCCGUUUAUCAUUACCGCCUGUAUUAGGGAAGUUGAGCGACGAGGUAUGUCAGAAAUUGGAAUCUACCGAGUUUCCGGAUCUGCGACCGAUAUAUCAAAAUUGAAGAAAUCAUUUGAAACAAAUUCGUAUGAGGCAGAACAAUUGCUUAAGGAGGUAGACAUCCAUUCAGUUACAGGCAUUUUAAAAUUGUACCUUCGAGAAUUGCCAGAAGCACUUUUCACAGACCAAUUGUAUCCACAACUUCUUGAAGCAUUCAACCAAAGCAAUGGAAACUUAAAGAGAAGAACUGAUUUACUCAAAGCAUGUUUCAAACAACUACCACCUCAAAAUCAUGCUACAAUCAAUUACAUUUUAGAUCAUCUUAUCAAGAUUCAUCAACAUGAAAGCGAGAACAAAAUGUCAUUGCAUAAUUUGGCGACAGUAUUCGGUCCCACGUUAUUAAGGCCGGCGAUGAAACAAGACUUAAAACAAAAAGAUUUACUGGCGGCUGGGACAGUAGAUGUAAUGGCCCAGGCAGGUAUUCUAUAUUGCUAUUUGCAAGAUCUGAACAGUCCAACCAAAAUUUGUAGCUGAGGCACAAAAACAAGUACACCAAAUUUUAUUAUUUUAUAUUUGUACUAUGUAUGGCUGUAACUAUGUUCUGUACAAACACAAAAUGUAUAUACCUAAUUUAUGAAAUACUAUGUAAUGAGGGGGCAUUUUAUACUAUUGAAAACUAUUUGAAUAAUUAAUUACUUAAAUGUUGGUUACUUUUUUAUGGUUUUAUAUUGUUUAUAUUUUAUUAGUGUCGCGAACAAAUAUAAAUUUAUCUUAAGUUUAACACGUUUAUUAAUAACUCUCAAUCAGUCUGAUCAAAUUGAUAUUUUUUAGCUUAUUUGAAACUAAUCUUCAGACCAACAUGAAAAGUAACUGAUGCUCAAUGCUUAAAUAAGACUUAAUUAACAACGAAAAUGGGAAACCCUGUAAAAUGUGUGUAGCUUAUUGCAUUCACUGGUUUAACUGAAUGAUGCAGUAAUGUAAUAUCAGAAAAAUGUAAAAAUGGUAUUCAUAUUGUUCAUUUUGUUGAGAUCUUCGUGUUUUCUAACAAUGGAUAUGACAGUGUUUAAAAUACACAACACAAAAAAUGAAUCUAAAAUAUUAUUGUUGAGGUCUUGAUAAAUAUUUAUUAGCAUAAUAGUUUGAACUGUAUGAUAUUCAAAACAAUAUUAAUUAUUCAUUGUUACAAAUAAUUAACAUUAGAUACUAUACCUGUAAGAGACCAAAAAUUCUAAAUUAAUAUAAUGAAUAUUUUUAGUCUGUGCCUUUUAAAGUUCAAAGAAGACUGACCUUUUGAUGUGACUAUACCGUGACUGUUCUUUCAUUAUAUUUAUAAAAAAAAGUAUUUGUAUCUAAUGUUGUUAAGCCAAAUAAAAAUCAGGAUUUUAUCCCUCUAGUCACUUUUGAAGUAAAAUUUCAAUGCUGCAGUAGUUAAACUACACAUUGUGAUAUGAAUUAAUAAAAUGCCCUCACAUUUAACAUUAUGACUUAAGGCAUUAGUACCUACUUUAGUAUGAAAACAUGUAAACAUUAAUAUUUAGUUUACUAAAGCAUAUGUAUUUAAAAUAGUAACAUACAAAUGAAAGAAAUAUGUGCUUAUUUUUCCAAAAUAGUAUUACAUUAGUAUUUGUAUAAGAUUGCCGCUAAAAAGAACCAGACACUUAUUUUACCAUUGUUGUUUAGCAAAUUGAGUAUGUGAUUCAAAAUUUAAUUAAAUCUCAAACAUAUUUAUACUACUUUAAUCUUUAAAAUGUUCAUUAUUAUUAAGUGGAACACACUGCAUGAUGGAUUAGGCAUCAAAGUAUGUAGUUGUUAUAAUUUGCCAAAAAUUAAAGCAUGGAGUCUCAUUCUUGGGAAUUAUAUAUUGGAUGGUGGCUGUAUAUUUAAAGUGAUUGGUCAAUUUUUGGUUUAAGAUUUGUCUUUUGUAGAGAAGGCGUGCAUGUAUUUAUGAUUUAGCAUUAAGGAUAAUGUGACCUUAGUAAAUUUAUAUUUUAUAUACAUUUGUAACUAGUUGCAAUAAAGGAUAUUUGUCAUAUAAACCAUA